AUGGACGACCUUGAGCCCACCAUUUCGCGGCUGCGGCCGGUCUUGACGGCCAAUUUUAACCAGCUGACCGAUGAAGAGAUCAAUGCCUUCUUCGAUGACCUCGAUCGCGACAAGGAUGGCUUCGUCACGUUUGAAGAGCUCGAAGCAAAACUACACCAAGUCCAUCAAGAACUGGCGCCGCAGCUGCAGAAACACCAUCUGCUCCAUCCAGCGCGUCGAGAUGUCGAGAAGCAGCACGCCGGCCACCCUGGAGACGGCUUGCACCAAUUCCUCUGCGCAAUCAUGCCCGAAUGCGGCUCACAGUUGAGUCGAGAGGAUUUUGUUCGCCACGUGCAGACUUGGGAGGUUCCUUCGCAAAGCCAGUCCGACUCCAAAGAGACCCAUCAGGAAGACAAGGAGCAGGGGAGGAAAUUGCCGCGACGGAGACGCAUACGCGCAUACUGGGCUGUCCACGGGCCAAAUAUCAUUUUCAUAGCAAUGGUCGUUGCGCUGGUCCUGGCCAUCAUGCUCUGGCAGGGCGCCAUUUAUCCGACAUUCGUCUUCAUGCUUCUGAGCAUGAGUAGACACCUUUCCACCUUCCUCCGGCGGAGCUAUUACCUGAGUCGCUUCGUCAAUUGGGACUAUUGCCAAAAGUUCCACAUCAUUAUGAGCUGUUUUGGUCUUCUGUUUGCCACCUUACACGCCAUCGGCCACCUGACUGGCUCAUUUCUCAUUGGAUCUCAACCUUCGCGCCAAGAGGCAUUGGCUGCCUAUCUUGCUGUGCCAACACCGAUGCCCUAUAUCGCUUUUGUGCGCACACUUCCAGGAUGGUCAGGCAUCGUUGCAUUGGGCUUGUACUGGACGCUCACCUCACUGAGCAUGCCAGCCGUGCGCAAGUGGAGCUACGAGGUCUUUCAACUUGGCCAUCUCCUGAUGUUUCCCAUGAUCAGUCUACUCUGUGCCCACGGAACGAAGAGACUUGUGCAGUAUCCAAUGUUUGCUUUCUGGAUUGCCAUCCCAUUCUGUCUCGUACUUUUCGAGCGGCUAGAAAGACUUGGCAGGGGAUUCGUCAAGAUUGCAGCCGAGGCAAAGGUGAUGCACGAAGAUGCUGUUGUCAUCACCUGCAAGCGCCCGAGCGGAAAGUGGUGGAAGUAUUCGGCGGGUCAGUAUCUUUUAUUGCAGGUCCCGGAGAUCUCUUUUUUUCAGUGGCAUCCAUUCACGAUUUCGUCCUGUCGUGGCGAUGAAUUGUCUCUUCAUAUCAAAGUGGAGGGUGACUGGACCGAGAAGCUGCGCGAUCUGGUUCUCAAGCAAGGCAGCAUCAAAGUUGGCCUAGACGGUCCGUUCGGUGCACCCGCUCAGCGCUCCUACGACUACGACUAUUCUAUCAUCGUCGGAGGCGGCAUCGGUAUAACCCCGUUCUCGGCCAUCUUGACAGACUUGGAAGAAAGUUUCAACGAAGAAAAAGAUCCCUGGGAGGAACGAAAGCGGUCCCGGUCGCCGCACUUCUCUGGGAGAGGCUCACGAGCGAGCUCGCGUCGUCCUACGCAAGCGACGACUGCUUCAUCAAGCGAGCUCACCAAAGAAAAAGAUCUCAAUCACGCCGGUCCGCACUUUCCCGAACCACGUUGUACCAAUCCAGAUCGUCGGGUGGAUUUCCAUUGGUCUGUUCGUGAGAAGAACGACUUGCUCUGGUUCUCCGACUUACUGAAUCGAGCAAUCACCGGAGCAGGCCCGCUUGCUAAAGAGAACAAAUUGGAUCUCAACAUCAACACGCACAUCACGGCAAAGCGGAAAAAUAUAUCAACCCAUGUUUUCCGUUACAUUUUGGACGGAUACCGUACUUCCGCCGCACCAUACUCCGCGCUUACAGGUCUUAAGCAACGCAGUCAUUUCGGGAGACCAGAUUUCGACCACAUACUGGAGAAGCACUUCCAGGAUCUGGUGGAUGAUGGGAUUAGGGAGAAAAAGGUUGGCGUCUUUUAUUGCGGAACUCCUGUCGUUGGCGAGAUCCUUGCUGAUCGAUGCCACGAAUUGACAGCCAAAGCUCGUGAUAUGGGACUUCGAAUCCGAUACGACUUUCUCAUGGAAGUAUUUGGCUAAUUUAUUCGUGUUGCAUGUAAGCGAGGCGUCCCGACGUGAGAAUUGAUCUGCAAACAUGGAGCGGAAGGCAGGCAGUGCCGGAUAGCUUGGCUCGGUACCCAUAACCCUAUGCUUUAGAUGCAGAGACCCUUUCCAGACAACUCAUACAGUAUACCUUGUCCCGUGGCUCACGGACGGAAUGCACGCCUGUUCGGUCGGUUGGAUAAUCAGAUAUACCGCAUAGUUCUUGCUAGCAAACGCGAGCUAACCAAUGCUAAGAAGGGACUACAACAAUCCAAUCAUUCGAGGAGGCAAACGCAUAAUGGUGAGUGCUCCCACCUACCUGCACCCUCAUGAAUGCCACCCAGUGAUUUGGACGAGGCAAGAAAGACGACACCAUGCCGAUGCUCACUUGGCUACCUCCACCUUUGGACAAGAUGGACCUGAAUCCGAGAUUAGAAACGCCUCCAACUCCCCUGCCGCCGAUCACUGCUAUAGACAGAAUGGAGCAGAGGCCAAUGCGUCCUGAACAACCCGAGAAGCCAAGCGAGAUGCAUUCUGCUCCUAAUACCCCCACACCAGCAGCAACAUCAUGGUAUGAGAAGAUGGAGCAGAAAGCAAAGCUGGGCAGGAAUGUAACAUCGGCACCACUCGUCGGCGCCAGAGGUGGACUAGACCUUCAACGACCGGACAGACCCGAUCG